AUGUCGACUAAAGGCCCUGUCUGUGGCGUCGAAAAUUGCCGGUCUAGACGCUAUGAGGAGGGCGAAGACGGGUACUUGUAUUGCCAGAAUGGCCACCAACAGGCUGGUCUAGUCCGCGGAGAAGACGAUGAUGACUACGUAGGAGCUGCCCGAACAGUCACGCGUAAGAGGAAAGAGACGGAAGAAGACGACAAAUCGACUGGCAAAAUUUACAAGGGCCCUCGAGCUUUUGACUUGUAUUUGAAGUGCCUCCAACUUAUCUUGCGACACCAACUUUGGUAUCUGACAAAGGACCGAGGAUUACCAACCGAACUUGAAGCGGUCACGCGCGAUCUCUGGUCACUGCGUAUUGCUCAACUGGGAGACAGAAUUGCGAGUCAUGACGAAGAGUCGUCAGAAUUCCAAUCUCAACAGCAAGUCUUCAGCACCAUGGAGAGCGAGGAUGAUGCCACGGACAAUGAGAAAGGUCACCUCCGAGUUACAAAGGAAAAGAGGAACCGGAAGCUGUCCGCAGCACCCAAUCUUAACGAUUGUCUAGUUUUGUGUUACCUUGGCAUCACGACACUAAGACUGCCCUUCACGCCAGGCGAUAUCUAUGCAUGGGUGGCAGAUGGCAAAAUGGCAUAUCGCAGGGCAAUCAAGUUGCUGCCACUCGCCAUGAGAGAUCGUCUGCCACCUGCCUACCGCGCUGUUCUCGAUCCAAGCGCGCCGCUUACUCAUACACGAUUCUACAAAACGCUCACAGACCUGCAAAUAAGCUACAAUAGAGACCAUGGUCUCGUCUGGCCAGUUCUAAACGUGCCACUACUGCUGUUCCGAUACCUGAAGGAGCUCGCAUUGCCACUUGAGCUGUAUGAUGCAACCAAACGAUUGGGCGAGUUGCUGGGCUAUGACUUCGCUCCUCACUAUGACGGUAAGAAACGUCUGGGUAUACGGCAUCUUGCCGAGGCGCAACUAGUAAGUUGCCUCAUGAUAUGCAUCAAGAUACUCUAUCCGCUCGAUAACGAGAAGCGCUUUCCAAAGUCAUCGUCCGAACCAACAGCGGCCGUCAUGGACUGGCAAGCGUGGUGCGAGCAGAUGAAGGCCGCUGAGGAAGCUGGGCGCGGAGGCAACGGACACUUCACGACUGAGGAUUUGACAAAGCUGCAAGAGAAGGACGUGUUUCAAAUGAACCCUCAAGAUAUGGAUCAGUAUCUAGAUUUCUACGCCGACACAUUUCUGGACAAUGCCGAGAUACAGCGCACAAGGGAUGUUGACGAUUUCCGAAAUGCGCUGUACGACAUGUUUCCCAUCGACACUCAGACACAGCAUCCUCCGCAGGAAAUGUCUCAUGGCCUUCCACUAGGGCAGAAACUAGAUACUGUAAAGGCAACUCAUGGUGCUAUCAAGACAGUGCCCGUUGUGGCUGAGGAGGACGCUGAGGUACUUAGGGCAGGCCAGGCGUAUCCAAUAUGGAAGACGGAACAGGAUCUACCCGACGCCGCGAAGAUGCUAUACGAAGGAGCUGCAAAGAUCGCAGGGUUAUCCGUUAAUAUGCUCACUUUAGCAGUGGUUUUUACAGAGGCAAGGGUUGAACAGUGGAAAAAGGCACAGAAGAGGCAGGCUUGA